AUGUACGAAUCUGAUGAUGAAGAUUUAAAUGAAGGCGAAGAUAUUAUUGUUCGCGUACACUACGAUGGGGAGAACAAAGAGAGUAUGACAACGACGCAGACCUUUCAAGACCUACUAGCAAAACUGUUGGGUAGAACCAUUGCGAUAUUUGCUAUCAUAUCUUCUCCCCACAACAAGAGAGGGGGUACUAUCAGUCAUAAUAAUAGCCUCUCCCCUGGUUUCUAUCUCAUCACCUACCCAAAGGCACUUGCAAAAGGCAAGAUCGAGGCUAUCACAUCAAAUCUUCAUUUAGAAUAUGUCGUACAACAGAGAUCUCUAUGUGAGUCUUAA